AUGUUCUCUUCCAUGAAAUACGUCUACAUAUCAGUGUUGCUGAGCCAGCUCACAAUCGCUACCUCACCAACUCUCUCAAGUCGUGGUGAGAGCAGCUCCAAAUGGAAGCUGAAAAAGUUCAAGAGCUUGGUCACCUUUGGAGAUAGCUACACUGAUGAAAGUCGGUUUGGCUAUUUUGCCAGUCACAAUGGUUCUGCGCCACCGGUUGGCUGGGUCGAUCCAGUGAGUAACAAUACUUCAUCCGGUGGCUACAUUUGGGCUCGAUAUGUCGCCUUUAAUGCCAAAGUCAAUCUCUACGACUACGCUGUCAGUGGUGCCGUCUGUUCCAACGAGAUCACACCUCGUUGGGUUUCUGCCCUCAAUGGCGACUACCCAUCUGUUCUCGAAUAUGAGGUACCAGCCUACAUCGGUGAUAGUAAACUCACCACAAACGGAACUUCGUUUUUGGAUAUCCCCCCUUCGGAGACCGUCUAUUCAAUGUGGAUCGGUACGAAUGACCUGGGCGCGGAUGCGUUCCUAACCGACUCUCAAGUACCCGGCAAGACUAUUCCGGACUAUACGGAGUGUGUAUUCUCAGCGCUAGACAAGAUUUAUGCCAAUGGUGCUCGGUUCUUUGUCCUCCAGAAUGUGAUUCCGUUGCAGCUUGUCCCUCUCUAUGCGACGCCGGAAAAUGGUGGAGUAUAUCCCAAUCCAGAUGGGACUACCAAUGUCACCGAAGUCUCAUAUAGGAUGUGGGAGAGUGUCAAGACCGUCAACGACAUCUACAAGUAUCAGCUCCCGUACGAGUUGUUAAUUCAGAACAGAUAUCCUGGUGCUCAAUUCGCUCUUAUGGAUAUGUAUAGCAUUAUUGCCGACAUAUACUAUAACCCGGAUCAGUAUCUCGCUUCACCAGCUAAUGUCACGGGAUACAUUGAGCAGUGCGAUGCGAGUGGGGUGUGCUCUCUUGCAGCGAAUCAAGAAUCAUUCCUGUGGUUUAAUAAUCUUCACCCUUCCUGGAAGACCGAUUCUAUCAUUGCACAACGAUUUGUUGAGGUCGUCAAAGGUCAGAGCAAGUACGCCACGUACUGGGGCGGAAGGUAG